GUGAUCUUUUUUCACAUCUAUUGAAUCUCUCAGAGAUCGCCUUGUCGCGCGGCCUGAGGAGGGACCACAUAGAUCACAGAAAUGCUUCAGCCACCGAGGGAUCGAAGUUUGCAGAGCAUCCACUGAUCGCGCGAACUUUCCAGCGGACGCCGUGAAAGUGGGCAAUUGUUGGAGACCUCCAGAUUCGCGAAAUGUUGCAAUGGAAGGCGCAGACUCUGACUCGCCGUCUCAAACAGGAGUAUGAAGUGCUUCGCGGAUCUGGGAUCAACGAGAGACAAACUUGGUUUUCUUUGGAUAUCACUAAACGCUCGCGGGGAAAUACACUAGCGCGGAUACCGAGACGCUCGGCGCAGACCUUGCAACAUGGCCUCGGCUGUUAAUGUCUCCUCCGAGCAAGAAAACAGAGACCCCGAUCGGCCGAGGUUAACGCGGAGAAAUAGGGGCAACUAUCGGACCGCCGCGGCGGAUUUGGAGUAUUUGCAGCGGCCGAGCUAUUGCGAUGCCGCCUUUGCGCUGGAGCAGAUAUCAGAGGGGAAUGCGACUGGGAGGAAAGCGCCGCUGUGGUUGAGAGCAAAGUUUCAAAGACUUUUGUUUAAACUUGGCUGUUACAUACAAAAGAACUGCGGAAAGUUUUUAGUUGUGGGCCUUUUAAUAUUCGGAGCUUUUGCUGUUGGCUUAAGGGCAGCUAAUCUGGAGACGGACGUGGAGAAACUCUGGGUAGAAGUGGGUGGCAGGGUGAAUCAGGAACUCAAGUACACACGGCAGAAGAUCGGAGAGGAGGCCAUGUUUAGUCCUCAGCUCAUGAUACAGACGCCUCGCCAGGAAGGUGCUAACAUUUUGACCGUAGAGGCGCUAAAGCAGCACCUCGACUCUGCCAUUAAGGCCAGCAGAGUGCACGUUUACAUGUACAACAGGCAAUGGACAUUGGAACAUUUAUGCUACAAAUCAGGAGAACUUGUUACCGAAACCAAUAUUGUGGACCAGAUGUUAGAGAAACUACACCCAUGUCUUGUCAUCACUCCUCUGGACUGCUUCUGGGAAGGUGCUAAGCUACAUUCAGGAACAUUCUAUCUCCCCGGCAAACCCCCAAUACAGUGGACCAACUUUGAUCCGAUUAGUUUCAUUGCUGAGUUGAAGAUGCUGAAGUAUCAGGUGGACAGCUGGGAGGAGAUGCUGGUUAAAGCAGAUGUGGGCCACGGUUACAUGAACCGGCCCUGCCUGAAUCCUGCAGACCCCGACUGCCCAUUAUCAGCUCCCAACAAGAACACCACAGGGCCUUUUGACGUGGCUCCUGUUCUGACUGGUGGCUGCUAUGGGCUUUCCAAAAAGUAUAUGCACUGGCAGGAGGAGCUUAUCGUAGGUGGGACCAAGAAGAACGACAGCGGCAAACUUUUGAGUGCACAGGCCUUUCAGACCAUGUUCCAGCUCAUGACCCCAAAGCAGAUGUACGAGCACUUGAAGGGCUACGAUGAGGUUUCGCACAUCAACUGGAACGAGGACAAAGCAGCUGCCAUACUAGAAGCCUGGCAGAGGAAAUACUCCGAGGCUGUCCAGCAGAGUGUGCCGGUAAAUUCCUCUCAGAAAGUGCUCACGUUCACCACCACCACCCUGGAAGACAUCCUGAAGUCCUUCUCUGAUGUCAGCGUGAUCCGGAUCGCCAGUGGCUACUUGCUAAUGCUUGCCUAUGCGUGUCUGACCAUGCUGCGGUGGGACUGCGCCAAGUCUCAGGGGGCGGUCGGCCUGGCUGGAGUCCUGCUGGUCACUCUUUCUGUCGCCGCUGGACUGGGACUCUGCUCGCUUUUGGGCAUCUCCUUCAACGCCGCUACCACACAGGUGUUGCCGUUCCUGGCUCUUGGCGUCGGGGUAGACGACGUCUUUCUCCUGGCUCAUGCUUUCAGCGAAACCGGCCAGAACAAGAGGAUUCCUUUCGAGGACCGCACUGGUGAAUGUCUGAAGAGAACUGGCGCUAGCGUAGCUUUGACCUCCAUCAGUAACGUGACAGCGUUUUUUAUGGCCGCCCUUAUCCCAAUCCCAGCACUCAGAGCUUUCUCCUUACAGGCGGCAGUGGUGGUGGUGUUUAACUUCGCCAUGGUGCUUCUCAUCUUUCCUGCCAUCCUCAGCAUGGACCUGUAUCGCCGAGAGGACCGCCGCUUUGACAUUUUCUGCUGCUUUGUCAGCCCUUGUGCUAACCGAGUGAUCCAGUUGGAGCCACAGGCGGCGUAUGCUGAUUCCUCAGCGGACUCGAGUCGCUACAGCCCUCCACCCUCCUACAGCAGCCACAGUUUCGCCCAGCACACCCAAAUCACCAUGCAGUCCACCGUACAGCUGCGCACCGAAUAUGACCCCAGAACACAGGCCUACUACACCACAGCUGAGCCCCAUUCCCACAUCUCCGUCCAACCCUACGCCCCCAAUACAAAUCCCAUCCCUAACCCCAAUCCCAACCGCAACAACAAUAACAACAACUGUACCAACAGCAGCAGCAGUGCAGUGCCCGGAGUAGCUUCUGAUACAGCAUCCUGCCAGAGUCCAGAUGGCGCCAGCUCCACACGAGACCUGCUAUCUCAGUUUGGGGAUUCAGGUAUACGUUGUUUGGAUUCGCCGUAUUCAAGAUGGACGUUUGCAUCGUUUGCUGAGAAGCACUACGCACCAUUUCUGCUUCAGUCUACAACGAAGGUGGUGGUGAUUUUCCUCUUCUUGGCGCUCCUCGGGGUCAGUCUGUACGGCACCACCCGCGUUCGGGACGGGUUGGAGCUGACUGACAUUGUGCCGCGAGAGACUGGUGAAUAUGACUUCAUACGUGCCCAGUUCCGAUAUUUUUCGUUCUACAACAUGUACGUGGUGACCCAGAGGGCGGACUACGCACAGAUCCAGCCUCAGCUCUAUGAGCUGCACCAGCGCUUCGGCUCUGUGAAGUACAUCCUGCGGGAAGAGAACGGCCAGCUCCCGCGCAUGUGGCUGCAUUACUUCAGAGACUGGCUGCUAGGUCUGCAGGAGGCAUUUGAUAAGGACUGGCAGGCUGGUAGGAUCACUCAGGGGAACUACAGGAACGGCUCGGAUGAUGGUGUUUUGGCCUAUAAACUCCUGGUGCAGACCGGCCGCAGGGAAAAAACGAUUACCAGACAGCGUUUGGUGAGCGCAGAUGGAAUAAUCAACCCAAACGCUUUCUACAUUUAUUUGUCUGCCUGGGUGAGCAAUGACCCAGUGGCCUAUGCUGCAUCCCAGGCCAACAUCCGUCCACACCCUCCAGAGUGGCUCCAUGACAGGACAGACUCCAUUCCUGCCAGCAGACUCAACAUUCCUGCUGCUGAGCCCAUCGAAUAUGCACAGUUUCCCUUCUACCUCAACGGGCUUCGCGAGACGCCACAGUUCGUGGAGGCCAUCGAGAGCGUCCGCGCCAUCUGCAGCAACUACAGUCGCCAAGGUCUUCCCAGCUACCCCAACGGCUACCCCUUCCUCUUCUGGGAGCAGUAUGUAGGCCUACGCCACUGGCUCCUGCUUUCCAUCAGCGUUGUGUUGGCCUGCACCUUCUUGGUGUGCGCAGUCUUCCUGCUCAACCCCUGGACUGCCGGAAUCAUAGUGUUGGUUCUGUCUUUGAUGACAGUGGAGCUUUUUGGCAUGAUGGGAUUGAUCGGCAUAAAGCUCAGCGCUGUGCCUGUCGUCAUCCUCAUCGCUUCCGUUGGCAUAGGAGUGGAGUUCACUGUUCACGUGGCACUGGCAUUCCUCACAGCCAUCGGUGACAGGAACAAGCGAGCCGUUCUUGCACUGGAACACAUGUUUGCCCCAGUGCUGGAUGGAGCGUUUUCUACUCUACUAGGAGUCUUGAUGCUGGCAGGGUCAGAGUUUGACUUCAUAGUCAGGUAUUUCUUCGCUGUUUUGGCCAUCCUAACAGUGUUGGGGGUCCUGAAUGGUCUGGUGCUGCUCCCAGUCUUAUUGUCCUACUUUGGCCCUUAUCCUGAGGUGUCUCCAGCGGAUGGGCGAAGCCGGCUGCCCACCCCAUCUCCAGAACCUCCGCCACAGGUGGUCCGCUUCACCAUGCGCCCCAGUCACACGACCCCUGGAGCCGGUUCAGACUCCUCAGACUCAGAAUACGGCUCUAACACAACUGUGUCCGGGAUAAGCCAAGAGCUCCAGCAGUACAACCUCCAGCCCAACAGGGGCCGAUCAGCCAGACUGGAGGAGGUGCGGAUCGCCACAGCGGGACGACAAGGCAGCCGUCAAGUUGAACUGCCAAUGUUUCCUUCUUGCUCAGAUGACUCCAGACAGCAGCAACCACAGCAGCUUUACAGGUCCAGUUCUCACGAUGCUGCUCCUCAGCAGUCAAAGCGAUACUGUAGCAGGGACCCUAAGAGGGACUUUGGGAGCGGUCACCCGCCUCCUCCUCACAGGCCUCGCAUGGAUGCUUUUGAAACCGCUACUGAGCCAGGAGGCCAUUCAGGCCCCAACCACCGGGACCGCUCAGGGGCCCAUCGCCCCCGGUCCCACAACCCCUACAACCCCCACCCUUCCCAUCCAUCCGCUGGCCCCAAUUACUGUCAACCCAUCACAACGGUGACGGCCUCAGCUUCAGUGACAGUCGCCGUUCAUUCAGGAGUGCCCAAUCAGAGCCCCGCGUACUCGUCCUACCCCUCCAAUGACAGCUAUCAGACUUCAGGAGACGGCUACAGUGACCCACACUUCUCCGACCCUCACGUGCCCUUUGACGAGAGCCACGACAGCUCGAAAGUGGAGGGCAUGGAGCUGCAGGAUCUAGAAUAUGACACUGCCAAUGUCUGCCACACAAGACCCUCCAGCUGAGUGGUUGAAUGUUGAAGCUCAAACAGCCAAAGAUGGGACAUCAGUCUGCCUGUGAGACAGAGACAUGGUGCUGCAUGACGGGACACUUUGACCAGCGGCGCCAUCUCGGUGCUUGACUCUGUUACUGUAUAACCCUGGUGUAUUAUUGUUAGAUAUUUCUAUAAGUAUUUAUGUGUACACAAAUGUAAAUAAUGAACAAGAGUAGCUAUAAUUUGACCGGGGUCAAUAUCAGACUUGUGUGUUUCAAGUGCCCACCCAUCGUUUGUGUGUAUCUGUGCCAUAAGGAAACUUCAUUCUUGACAAACAUUUCAGCAUACGGUCGUUGCUGCUUAUGAUAUUUGUUGUGAUGUUUGUAUAAUGCUAUGCAAUUAUUUCCUCAAAUUUUAUAGAACGGUGCGAAUGAGAGAGUGAAAAUGUUGUAUGUUUGAGUUUUUAUAUCACGUCAGGCCCUCUAGACCCCUCAGAUGCAGAUUAGUAACAAGAACAAACUCUAAGUGACCUAACAUAAUAUGAUAAAUGUUUUCCAUUGCACUUACGGUACACUUCUGUUCAAAACACCAGUACAAAACUGCACACUUUCAGAGGACACGUUCAGGGAAAUGAUAUGCUAGAUGAUAUCUCCAGUUAAGCAUCAGAUGUUUAAGUGUGUGUGUGCGGAUGUUUGUGUUGUAUGUAUAUUGAAGCGUUAGAGUUUAUGCUUUUUUAAUGUUCAUUUGCUUAUCACAAACCUGUGGUAGUUGAAAAAACAAAACAAAUACUGUUUAACAAUGAAACACGCUAUGCGUGAGAAUUUAGAUGUGCAGAAAUGAAGAAGGAAACGAGUGUUUGUUGGGUGACCGUGUCUCUGUUUUUCUGUCCUCCGUACUGAAACUCUCUCUGCUCUCUUGUACCUUCAAAUUCUAGGUGUUUACUGUAAAAUGGCCGUUUGUGGCCACCCUGAGUUUGCUCGUGACUCGUUAUUUGUUAACGUAGUGCAGCGUAAUGGUUAUUUCGGGAUUCCAUUGUAGCGUCUUUUUUUGUUUGUUUUUUUACAGUAUGGCAUUAUUUGGUCGGAUGGUGGUUUAAGCUAAUCAUUACUGUUACAGUGAUAUCCGCUCUGAUACUUUUGGUAAUAAGCUAAGCUAAUGAGCAUUCUCAAGGUGGCCGAUCGCGACUAUGGCCUUGACCUCCUCAAUGACAAACUGCAACUACUGGCCCUAAUUUAGGCAGAGCUGCUCUCUGCGCUGACCUCACCUCAUAAAAACCCACAACAGAACACCGUUCCCCCUCGACUGCCAAAUGGUGCAUGCGAGUGCUUUAAGGGUCAGGGGUCGUCCGUGUGUGUGUGUUUGCUGUGAGCCCCUCAUCCACAUCGACUUCCUGUCAAACACAUGUUUGUUCUUGACAAAGACUUUGAGAGCUCUUCUGUGUUGUUUGUUAGUUUGUUGCGUUUGUUUGUUUGUUGGUUUGUUGUGUUUGUGUUCUCCUACAUGUCACAUUGGCAGAAAUGGGAGAAAAUCAUGGCUGGCAACUAUUGUAAUG